GGACCAUGAGUCCAAUAGGGAACAAGAAAAAAGAUAAUGCUCUUCAGAGAGCUAAUGCUUUCAAAUCUGUAAAACCUUCUUUCGUGGUUGCAAUGCAUCCCACUUAUGUCUGUGGAGGUAUUUUGAAUUUGCCAUGUGGUUUUGCCAAGAAACAUCUUACUGAGAGGCCUAAUCACGUGAGCCUGCAGGAUUCAAAUGGGAAAAUUUGGUCUGUCAAUAUCCAUUUCAGCAACCAAGCUAGCUUCCGCAGUGGUUGGACUGACUUUGUGCGAGGCAAUAAUUUUGAAGAAGGUGAUGCGUGUGCCUUUGAGUUGAUUAAGAAGAGCAAGUUUUUAUUUGACGUUCACUUUUUCCGCACCACAUAGAAGAAGAAAAUAUCAGCUUGUCCCUUGCAGGAAACUAGACUAGUAUUUAUAGAUUUGGAUUCUACAAAAACAUGUAUAUGUUUUGUUUCUUUUCUUGUUUGGUUUCGAGGAAAGGCAACUCACGGAUGAGGAUCAUGUGAAAUUGGCAUUAGUCCAGCAUCUCAAUCUAUUGCUGUUAUUUAGGUUCAUAUGCAUUAUAUAUGAUGUUCAUUUUCACUAUCAUUCAUUCUAGUGAUACGAUCCA